ACAAACCCCCUGGACGAUGGCGAUUGCGAGUGGCGAUUCGUCUCCUGUGUGAAUUUUUUGGCCUUUUUUCCAGAGGUAAAAUAUGUCGCUGUAUUUUGACUGCAUAGUAGAAAGUCCAGUUAGUAAUGCAAUCAACACCCAGAUAGCAUGGCAUCCUCAGGCAACCUGUCUCGCUGUAGCUUCCUUUAGUGAAGAGAAAGGGGGAGCAGUCAAUGUGUACACAGGGGAGGGCAAGCUAUGCGAUGAGGUGGACAUCCCACCACAUCCUACGGCCCAGGUGACAUCUGUGACCUGGCAUCCAAGCAAGCGCAUUCUUGCCAUUGGAUGGGAGACAGGAGAGCUCUACCUCUGGAAUGACCAUGAGCAUGAGUUCCAUGAAAUUCAGAGUCUGCACCGUGCACCCAUAUCUAUCCUCUGCUUCAGUGCAGCGGGAACCAGACUAGUGUCAGCAGAUGCACUUCCUAAAUCACCUUCCAGUGGGCUUGCCCGGGCAGCUGUAAGUGGAGAUGAGAGAGCCCUUGACAUCUUCAGUUCCUGGAGGCCAAGGACUGGACACAAGCGCCUUGGGCUGGGAAGCAAUGCCAAGGAGAAUCUCAAUUUCUUUCUCGGGUCGUCCACAGGUGUACUAUACCAUGUCAGUGACAGUGGGAACUGUGUGGAGGUUCUACAGGCAGAUGGUGGCAUUAAGCGACUCCUGCACCAUGAGUCGCGUAAUUUGCUUGUGGUUAUUACUGAAGGCAUGGUUCUUGGGCAGUUUUCUGUGGCUAUUGAUGGAGCAGUUACUGAAAUCAACAAGGUAAAACUGAGUGGCAGGACAAAUGAUAUUCAGGUGACAUGGGCUGGAACAGGACUGCUGGCUGUAUCAACUGGUGACAACAAUGUGCGCCUGUGGAACCUCGACUCAGGAGAUAAUUAUGUACUGAGUUUGCAUGGUUUUAGUUAUCGGGAUCAAGAAUACAUGAUGUGCCUCAGUUAUUCCGAAAACAAAAAAAUAUUAUGUGGAGGCACAAAUAUGGGAAGUGUGGCCAUGUGGAAGUAUGAGGAACAAAAGCUGAACAAUAAUGAGUACUCUCGAGACCCUGAGAAGGACUGGAAACUGCAGAGCCCUUCCAUCCUAUCUGGAGCAGUCAAAAGGGUUUCAUGGGGCUCGGCCCAGAAUUUACUGGCUGUUGAUACCGUCCGAGAUGUGUACAUACUCAAUGAGCAGAACAUGGUAGCAAGUUACCGAGAUCAGGUGUGUGUUGUUCAGGAAUCACCAACCCAGUUGUCAGUUGAUGUCUUCUCAGCAGACAACCAUUUGGAAUUCCGUGCAGACAUACAAGUCAGAGGUGUUCACAACACAGUGGAUCACCUCUUGAUAUGGAAUAUGAAGAAAAUGGUUAUAUAUGAAAUUACAUCAGAUGCUACACACCUGAGAGUUGUAGGUUCUUUUGCAUGUGAAGCAGAGAGUGCUGUGUUACAUGAAGCCAGCAUAUAUUCCAUAGAGGGUUCGAAUGUUCAAGUAAGAUCAAUGCAGGGAACAAUAAAGCAGACACUAAAUUUCUCAGAGAGUGAAGGGGAACCGAUUGGCCUUGAUGUUUGUGGCAAUUUUCUUGUGGUAGCCACAAUCCAAGGGAUUAUUAAGCUAUGGGACUUGUCUAGAAGGGAGGCAAAACAACACACACAAGGCAAACAGUUGAGUGACGCCAUCAAGGACUUUGGGGAAGUUAUCUCAGCAAGAUGUAACUGUAGUGGUACAAGAGUCUCUAUUGCUGUAGCUCAAACCUCCUUGCUUCCUGAUCCAAAAUUAUAUAUCUGGGAUAUAGAGAAUGACAAUAUCACGUACUUCAAUUUUGCAUCUGGACGAUCUGAAGACGACGAUAAUGAUGGGACAGCACCUCCAAACUCUGCAGAGAGUUCAAGUUCUAAGUAUGGUGGAGGUCAAGAAAGAGCCAAGCGUGAGACAGCCAGAGAAGUUGGGGGUCGCUUUGUGAUGUCUCACAUGUGGGACCUGGAAGAUCCCCGGCUCCUUGUGUGUGAAGCCAAGUCCCUUCAUAGCAAGAAAAAGCAAAGAGAGAAUUACAUUGCUUCAGAUAAGGAAGAACGGCCUGCAAUCAUGUUGGUAUCUCUGUUUGUUAGUCCUGACCAUGGGGCUAUUGUUCAAGAUGCCUUCCCUCUCACUCCAACUUACUCUAGACUUCUUGGUGUGCAAGUGCCAUUCUUAUAUCUGCUGAAUGAUAGUGUUGUUGACAAAAAGUCUGACACCAAAGCCAAAUUAGUUACGCAAAAGGUAAUGCGGGACUUUGUAGGCCUGGAGAGCUGUGAUAAACCAACAAAGGAAGCGAUGCUUAACUUCUCCUUCUAUCUCUCAAUGGGAAAUAUGGAUGAUGCAUUUAAAGCUAUCAAAACAAUCAAAAGUGAAACUGUAUGGGAAAACAUGGCUAGAAUGUGCGUUAAAACGAAGCGCUUAGAUGUUGCUGCUUUGUGUCUUGGCAACAUGGGUCAUGCUCGUGGUGCUAGAGCUCUUAGGCAAGCCAUGAAGGAACCUCAGCUUGAUGCAAGAGUGGCUAUGCUGGCACUACAGCUGAAUAUGGUGGAAGAGGCUGAGCAGCUUUAUCGUGGGUGUGGCCGCCAUGACCUUGUGAAUCGCAUGUACCAAGAUGGGGGCAUUUGGUCAAAGGCUUUGGAGACAGCCAACGAGAAUGACAGGAUUCACUUGAGAUCGACGCAUUAUAAUUAUGCCAAGCACUUAGAGAGUAAAGGAGACUUCAGUGGUGCCAUCAGUCACUAUGAGAAAUCUGAUACUCAUAGGUUUGAAGUACCAAGGAUGCUAUUUGAUGAACUCCCAACACUUGAGGAUUAUAUCAUGCAUACUAAAGACAAGUCCUUGAGAAGGUGGUGGGCUCAGUACCUAGAAUCAACUGGGGAAAUGGAGACAGCACUGCAGUUUUAUGAAGCUGCGCGAGAUCAUCUGUCCUUAGUCCGUGUGUAUUGUUAUUGUAAUAAUCUACAGAAGGCAGCAGAAAUUGCUAAUGAGACAGGAGACAGGGCUGCAUGCUAUCACCUUGCUCGCCAGUAUGAGAACGUCAAUAUGGUGAAAGAGGCCAUUCACUUCUUUACUCGAGCUCAGGCUUAUGGCAAUGCCAUCAGAAUCUGCAAGGAGAAUGGUUAUGAAGAUCAACUCAUGAAUCUAGCUCUUGUGGCUGGACCUCAGGAACAAAUUGAUGCUGCCAGAUUUUUCUCCUCUUCGGAACGUCGACAACUCUCAAAGGCUGUCAUGCUGUACCACAAAGCUGGUCUCUUGUCCAAAGCUGUUGAUCUAGCCUUUAAGUCUGGGCAAGUUAGCGCAGUGGGCCAGAUCGCAUCUGAACUUGAUGAAAAUGCGGAUCCUGCUCUUAUUCAGAGAUGUGCCCAGUACUUCAUCUCCAAUGGGCAGUAUGAUCGCGCAGUGUCACUCUUGAUCACUGGUAGACAGUAUUUUGAUGCCCUUGAUUUAUGUGUGGAGCACAAUGUAUGGGUGACAGAAGAACUGGCUGAGAAGUUCACCCUGCCGAAAGAUGAAUCAGCUCGCAAUCAGAUCUUAGAAAAGGUAGCAGAGUGUGCUUAUGCCCAAGAGAACUACAAAUUGGCUACCAAGAAGUUCACACAGGCUGGUAACAAGGUUAAGGCAAUGAAGUGUCUUCUGAAAUCAGGUGAUACAGAGCGCAUUGUUUACUUUGCCAAUGUGUGUCGGCAAAGGGAUAUCUACAUCAUGGCAGCAAAUUACCUACAAAGUUUGGAUUGGCGAAAGGAGCCUGAAAUUAUGAAGAACAUCAUUCAGUUUUACACAAGAGCUAAAGCUACUGGCCUGUUGGCAGGAUUUUAUGAUGCUUGUGCUCAGGUUGAGAUAGACGAGUAUCAGAACUACGAGAAGGCAGCUGGAGCUCUCAGUGAAGCUUAUAAGAUCCUUACCAAUUCUAAUGACCACCAAAGCCAGGAAAGACUUCCAUCAGUCCAGUACAAGUUGGAGAAGGUCAAGCAGUACAUUGGUAUCAGGAG